AUGCCACGCCCCUUCUAUGACGGACAAAAUGGCUGCGCUGCGAGUUCUCUAGUGCGCGCGCUUGCGCGGAAGUUCAGCAAUACCGUUCGCGUGAGUUUAAAAUGUCGGUGUAAAUUCCUCAAGAGAAAAAAGGGCCUCGGUUUUUGUCAGUACGACGUCCUGCACAUCAAAAAAAUAAAAUAAAAAAUAAAGCUGGGACGCCUGCAGAUGCCGUUUUCCUGCGGUUUCGACACCUGGACUAGCAGCUCGCAAAUGGUAAUCCUUAUUAGAACCGGUAGAUAUGGACGAGCAGCAGAUGGAUGAUCCUUCCGCCAGAGAGACUACCAAAACCUGGGGCUUCCGCAGGAGCACUAUAGCCAGGCGGGAGUUUAUUGAAGAAAUCGGAAACUUGGACCUCGUGACGUUGGCGCCACGUCGGAGCGCACGCCAUUCCAGGGGAAGAGGGAGAGGACGAGGGCGGGGCAAGCAGCCUACUGAAACUACGUCUAACGCCCCAAAAAGAGCACGAGGAGACGGGAGAGCCGUCCAGGCAAACCCAGAACCGGAGUCUGAUUUGGACGAAUUAAUAUCCGCGUCCCGUCAGCUGAAGACCGUGUCGGACAUAGAGGCAUCGGAACAAGCCGACGACAGCGACGAGCUCACGCUCCGAGAGCUUCAAGAACGAGCCAGGAAGCGACAAAAAUCGGAGGAGAACAGCGAAGGAAGUGCAGGGACUACGGAUUUGAACACCGAGACUGUAAACGAAGGCGAUUAUGAAGAGUCACGUGGUCUUCUACAAUCGGAGGAAAAUGUCUCUUCACUCUUUGAUCGAUUGGCCACCGGCUCAUUGGUGAUAAACGAAAGCUGGGAAUCGGCUGUUCGGCUUGAGGAAGAGGAGGAACAGGAAGAGCAAAAUGACGCCGAUGAGUCUUCAGACGGUGAUGAAGAAUACAGCGACCCUAACGCUGUCUACUGUAUUUGUCAACAGAAGCACAAUAAUAGGUUCAUGAUCUGUUGUGACCGAUGUAACGAAUGGUUCCACGGUGACUGUGUAGGCAUCAGCCAGGCCCGUGGUCGGCUCCUGGAGAAGAACGGAGAGGAUUACAUCUGUCCGUCCUGCUCUCCGUGCCAAAGUCCCAUCGACUUCGUGAAGCUGCAGCCUGCGCUCUCUAAAGCGGCUCUGAGCUCCUCGUCCGAGAGCCUGUUCACCUCCUCGGCCGGAGAAGAAAGACCCAGCGAGGACGAGGGUAUUAAAGGGAAGAUAAGGAAGUCGAGCACUCGCAGCACAAAGAGGAGAAUCAAGAUCUUCCAAUCGGUGGAGGUCAUCGAAGCCACAUCGGAGCCCAAAGAGCAAGCCGUGGUGAGGGAGCAGGAUGUGGCCGAAGAGGAAGUGGCGAAACAGCAGGAGGACGUGGUGGAGAAGGUGAAGGAGAAGGCUGCUGUCCCUAAGUGUAUCGGUCCAGGCUGUAGUAACGAUGCGUUGCCUGAAUCGGUUUACUGCGGCCAUCAGUGCAUCAUCCGCCAUGCUGCUGUAGCCAUGCACGGUAUCUCAGAGCCCAAAGCGCAGCCUGAGAUAAAAAACAAACCUGCACCUAAACCCACGCUAAAGAUCCACAAUCUGGGAAAACUCUUUAAGAAGAAAUCGACGGAGAAGCCAGCCGAGGACGAGGAUGGCGGAAGUAAGGAGAUGGGAUCCACCCCCGCUGCUUCUCUCACCCCUGACCCUGUUCACAAAGCAAUGGGGGAGCAGCAACCCGCAGCAAUCGCUUCAUCACAGUUUUACAAAGCCACAUCGACAAAAUCAGAAAAGGAGGCUGGGGAAAGCAAACCGGAUAAAACACCAGUCACGACUCAGACCGAGACUCUGUCAGCUCCACCAGAGGCCCCUGCUGCUGAGAAACCCGCUGAGAAACCUGCUGAGAAACCUCCUGAGAAACCUCCUGAGAAACCUCUUGAGAAACCUCCUGAGAAACCUGCCGAGAAUCUGGCUCCAUCAGCUCCACCGCCCAAAAAACCCUUCCUUCCGAGCCGAGCCAAGAAAACCAUGCCAGGUUCUCCGCGUCUAUCUGCGUCCCGGCAGCUCCUGAACGAGGCGCCGCAAACCAACAAGAGUGUUUUUACUGUCCCAAAGAAGCUGUGCCAGUCUCAAGAGGCUUCUAACGUACCCCAGGCGUCAAACCCAGCCCCAGAGGUUCGAGUCCUGCCCGUCACUCCUGCUCCUGUCCCUCCGUCCAGACCUCUCCAAACUCAUCCUAACAUGCAGAUGAGGCAGAACAUCAGGCGCUCUCUCACCGACACCGUGCUGAAAAGGGUGAACGACAGCGAUGAUUUGGACAUCCCUGAGAGCGAAGUUGAAAAGCUGGCUGUAAACAUCGAGAGAGAGAUGUUUAAUAUGUACUACACUACCGACAACAAGUACAGGAUUAAAUACAGAUCCCUCCUCUUGAGCUUGAAAGACCCCAAGAACAAGGGUCUUUUCUACCAGGUUGUAAAAGGACACAUCACGCCAUUUAAACUAACCCGUCUGACUGAUCAGGAGCUUCUGACUGUUCAGGAAAGUACAGCUAAUCCUGAGCCUCUGAAGGAACAACCGUCUCCUGUUUGUGUAGACGUGGAGCAACCUGUACCUGUGUCUGAGAGCAAAGUGGUCAAAACCGAUAACGUGGCCACGUCAUCAUCGGAGGAGAAAAUGUCUCUUGCUCAGGUCAGACAAGCCCAAACAAAGAAGCCUAGUACUGCUGUCUCAGACAUCAUCAUCAGCAUGCUGAAAGACACAACAGCAGAACACAAAGCGCACCUCUUUGACCUCAAAUGCAGGAUAUGUACUGGUCAGCUUUCUCCUGGCGAGGACCCUGACGCUAAGACACUCAAAAAGGACGAGCCAAAGAAUGAGCAGGAGGAAAAACCUCCGUGUGCCGUCCUUUUGUCUGAUAAAAAGCCUCUGUCUGCUGCGCUCGGAGAUGAUUCCCUCGUUAUGGAGUCCCCUGCUUCUCCAACUGCAGAAGACUGUAGUGCUGAGGUAACUCAGCCUGACGUUUCUCCGCUUGUAAUCCCUGCGGUUUCCAUAGUGACCAUAACAAGACGGGAUCCACGGACGGCAGCGUACCGUUCUGCACCUUCUCCUUCUGUCGUCCCUGCUCCUGCUCCUGUUCCGGUUCCUCUUCCUGUUUCUGCUCCUCUUCCUGUUUCUGCUCCUCUUCCUGUUCCAGACCCACCAAAGAGUCUAAUUCUUAGUAACAAGGGGACUGUCGAGGAAACCAAGGCAGCCGAGCCUCCGCAACCACCGGCGCCUCCACCACCCAUGCCCAAAUCCAUUCUGAUGAAGCCCUCAGCUCCAUCGGUCCCGAGGUUUUAUAGUUCACCAAGUCUAACUACGAGAUUGCCGAGCACUCAUACCCCAGCAGACAACGAGACAAGUCACUUCCUGUCCAGACAAGAUACGAUAUGGAAAGGGUUUCUCAACAUGCAGCUGGUGGCCAAGUUUGUUACAAAGGGAUGCGUAAUCUCAGGAUCUGCAGAGGUUCUGAAAAAGGACUUGCCAGAUACUGUUCACAUUGGUGGUCGGAUAUUACCACAAACAGUUUGGGAAUAUGUUGAGAGAGUAAAGACAUCUCUAACAAAGGAGCUGUCUUUAAUUCGGUUCUAUCCAGCAUCUGAUGAAGAAGACGUUGCAUACGUCUCCCUGUUCUCAUAUUUCAACAGUCGCAGGCGAUUCGGAGUGGUUUCUAACAUUUGCAACAAUAUUAAAGAUCUUUAUCUCAUUCCUUUAUGUGCAAACGAGUCCAUUCCUUCUGUACUGCUGCCAAUAGAAGGCCCAGGACUGGAACAGAAUCACCCCAAUCUUCUAAUUGGCCUGGCAGUUUGUCAGAAACUAAAGCGUCCAGGAGCACAGACACAAGACAUUGAUGAGAAAAGACCAAGAAUCCAGACACCUCUGGAUUUGAUGAACCUUCCUACCAAAUCUGCAGUUCCUGAUAUUAAACAUGAUGAACCUUAUGACCCAGCAAUCAGCACUACUCUGCCUGAAUCUCCACCCGAUUCAUCUUCGUCCUUCUUAAACCCUCCGUCUGGAACAUCGGUGCUUUCUAAUAUUCAUGCUGUGGUAAUUCCUCCAGCAUCCACCAGCGCGGAUGUUACGAAGAUCACGUCUUCCAUUGUCCCAUCACUUUGUGCCACCACUUCCACCACCACUACACCACUCCAAACCAUUCUUAACACGAUAUUUGGUAAAAAGAAACAAGGCCCUGAUUUUGCAGUGAAUACCAAUGAGACAACUCCUACAGUAUUAAAAGAACCAGUGAUACCUUCUCCAAUUGUAGACCCCAUCGUUCAACAGUAUCAGCAGACUCCCAAGUCGACAAUGAAGUUCAGUGAUAAUGAUAGACCCUAUGACCCUGAGGAAGAGUAUGAUCCAGCAUUAGGGUAUCAAAAUCUCACUCCUUUGAAACCACUCAAAAUGGCAAAGCCUAAUUCGUUAUCUGCUGGUGCUAAUGGCAAUGAUGGCGACGAUGAUAGACCCUAUGAUCCGGAAGAGGAAUAUAAUUUGGGAAAUAAAGUUGAUUCUGCCCACGCAAGUAAUACUACAAAAUCCUCUGAUACUGAACCACUGUUAGGAACCUCUGCAGUGAAGGAUGACGUAGCAUACGAUCCGGAGGAUGACACGGUCUUUGAAGAGAUGCAGAAUUACCUUACAGUUGAUAACUCCGCCACCUCUGAAUAUGGGACGUCGUCGGCCAUGUCGUUAUCUGAGCAGCAGAAAAUGCUAGAAGAGUUGAACCGGCAGAUAGAGGAACAGAAACGCCAGCUUGAGGAGCAGGAGGAGGCUUUGCGUCUUCAGAGAGCAGCCGUUGGGGUUUCCAUGGCCCAUUUUUCUGUCUCUGAUGCUCUGAUGUCGCCACCACCAUGUUUUGGCAGGGAACCAGAUGAGGAAAUGGAAAAAACACUAUCUGCUUCAGCGAUUAAUUUGAAUCGAGAUCCGAGGCAAUAUAGACACUUGAGUCAGAGUGCUGUUAAUCUAUCAGCGAUGGGUCAUACUGACAAAGAAAAUGUCAACGAAAAAAGGGAAAGUUCUAAGAGCAUGUGCCUGGCAAACGACUCUCCAGAGCAAGAUUCGUCAUUAGGUAAGUUAGAUGAGAAAAGGUCCAUCAAUAAUAACAAUGCAGCAGUGUUGUGUUCUGUGAGGAAUUCAGUAGAAAGUACACAUCUCUGUACAUCUGAACUGCAAGAAGGUACCUCUUCAUCAUCUGGUAACGAGAACGUUCAACACUCCCAUUUACCAGCAAAAGAUUCAGGCAAAACGAGACAAAGUCAUACAUCCAGGAGACAACAUCACAGCCCUUCAAAAAGACGCUCAAGACACGAGACACGCAGGUCAUACCAGGAGAAAAAAAUCUCUGAUCAGCCGAAAGAUGACGGGCACCGCAGAAGAGGUAGACGUUCUCCUGAACGGUCCUCCAGACGAAGCCGCAGUCGUAGUAGCAGGAAAGAUAGACCAUCGUCAAGGGAGAGAGAGCAGCACCAUCACAGAAGUACAUCCUCAAGACAUGGUAGUAGGAGGGACAGGCAGCAUUCAUCAUCAAGAUCACGUUCAACUCGGAGUAAAACAUCUCCACGAAUAGAGAAUAAUCAGUCUAUUCAAAAAGAGAAAUCGGCACUGAAGCAGAAGAAUGAGCCCAACACUGAAUCGACAGACAGUACAAACGAUGUAGCAUCUGAGCAGCCUCAUAUUCAGAGUGAUAAAUCUCGGAAUGAGGCUUCUGGGAGUGGAGAGCCCAAAGAAACCAAAGUACAGAAAGCUGAUAUUACAAAACCUGAAACUGAUCAGUCCCACCAUAGAGAGCAACCAUCCUCUGAUCUACCUCGUAGUACUUUUUCUCAAAGGAAGCAAGAGCAGUUAGAACCGAAACAAAUCAAAGCAAAUCCAUUGCCGAGAGAAGAUUUUCACAAAAACAAGCCACAAUUUGAGAAAGUAUCAAUACAGCAAGAUAAGAGCAACGAGUCUCGUAACACCAGACAUCAGCGUGGUAGUCAGAAAGGAAAUGCAGUACAUAACGAGGCUGAUUGUAGUCAUGGUACAGAUGAGCAGUCAUCAUGGCAGGAGUCUGAUCGUCUUCCGAAGAAGACACGUAAAAUAGAGACGGAAGAUGUCCCAGAGCCUGACGAGGCUUAUUCCAGAAAUCCUCGAAGGGUUUUACCACAGAGGCCACCGCAUUUACAAGGAAAUAAUCCUGAAAUGAUGCCACCCCAAAAUGAGAAAAAAAGUUUCUCAAAGGAUGACACUUUACAUCUCGGAGACCUUGCACCACAAGAGGCUCACUCCAUGGCAAGUGUUGAUUUGCCACAGUUGGAAAAUGAUACACACAGAAAUAUCCAUCCUAGAGACCAGUUUAGACCAAAAGCACCUGAGGUUCAGUGGAGAGGCCCACACCAUAGGAUUGGUGGUCCGAGAGGUCAUACACCAGUGCAGCCAAGGAUUCCCAGAGCUCCACACCCUGAGCGAUUUGAGAUCUGUAGACCCGCAGGUCCAAGAGGUCCAAGACUGAGGAUUCUUGAUGAUUGUGGGCCAUCUCCAGACUUUGGGCCAGGGGGUCCCAACUCUGUACCUAGAAUGUUUGAGGGCUCGGGGCCUCGAGGCUUUAGACCAAGGGGCCCAAGCCCAGUUCCUAGGCUGUUAGAGGAAGCUUCACCUCAGCCUUCUGGACUGAAGAGACGAGUCCCAAGACCUGGAAUGUUUGAGGGAUCUGGACCACAAUAUUUUGAGCCCAGAGAUGCUUUCUCAGGUCCUGAUAUGUUUGAUGGUUCUGUUAUCUUUUCAGGUUCACCGCAAAGAGAGUUUGACCACAGAGACCCUCAUUUACAAGACUUUGAUGACUCAUGGGGGUAUGAUGUACCUCACCAAGUUGAAAGAGAACCGUUUUCAGAAAUCAGACAUCCUAGAAGACGUGGUCCACCUCAACAACAGUUUCGUGAAAAUAUGCUUGACAUUAGAGAUUCAGAGCAACCUAAUUUUACUGACUCAAGACACUUUGAUCCUCCAUUUGAUGAGGCAGAAAUAGGACACCUACGCCUUCAGUAUUUAGAUGAUCCAAGGGAUUAUGGUCAGAAUUUUGCUAAUGAAAUUUUUCUAAAUACACAAGAACCAAGAGGUCACAAGAAUCCGACUUCUCGUCCUAUGCGAACCCGGAGUCCAGCACAUGCUAGGAACCCUCCACACAACCGACUUGAAGGACCUCAAUUUCCAGGAAUGGAGUUAAAUUUGAAAAGAUCUCACCGGUUUGAUGACUUUAGAGAUCAAGCGAUAGAAAGGGAUAUUUUUGAAGGUGGCAGAGUUUGUGAAAGACCUGCUCAAAUGAAAGGUCCACGCCCACCUCAAAGUCUCAGGGGUCCAAGAGCCCCAUCCCCCCAUUUUCGUGACCAGAGGAUGCCUUCUCCCCGGAACACAGAGUUGCCUGAGGACAAACCAUGUUCUCCCCAUUUUUCAUUGCCCUCCGCCUCCAAACCUCCAAGGCCACAGGUGCUUAAUGCAAGUGAGCUUCAAAACCCGAUGCAGUCACGGAUCCGGUUGGAUGGCCCGACCAAGGAGCUAGAUAUUCGCCCUUUGCGGCGGUCUGGCCCUUUGCUCCCAACACCCCCUGGUGGCCCAAUAAGAUUUCACAACCCUCGAAUGCCACGGCCUUAACUUAAUUUAACACCCAUUGUAACCUGCCCCAGCGUCCUCCCUCUAGAGGAAACAUGGGUGUCUUGGUAAAGCUUCACACCUGCUUCACCAGGAAGCUUUGAUGAUAAUUCAAACAACCAAGAAGGAGAAACCUAUCAGGAUUUCAUUCAGGAAGGAGAAAUGGAAGAGUUUGUAGACAGGGAGGAAGAAUACAGUAGUUAGGAUAAUAGUCCAGGAAAACCAUGGUGUCAAGAGGCAAGAAGGAGGAAUAGCACUGCAAGAAGAGGUCACAGUAGUGAACGAAAUACCAGAGAUGAUACUGGUGAACGAGGUUUCAGUAGAGACAGGGAAUUAACAGAGAUGCAUAUCAAAACAACAGAAAAAAAUGGCUGAUUUAGAGUCCAAAUGCCAAAAGAACGUAAACUGAAUUAACGUUUAUAUUAAUAUGCUAAAAUGCUUUGUCAGCAAAUACACAAAGUAUUUGUGGUAGAAAUCACAUGAAUAGUUUUGUUAAUUUCAUUUUUAAGAAUUUGGUUUCAUUCAUAGUGAGAGAUUUAUGUGCUCUUCAACUUUUUUCAAAAAAAAAAAAGCAUCUAACACAUCUAACAGUCCGCAAGGUUAGUAGUGGUAAUUAAUUAGUUUUUUAAGUUACCAUUUUUUGUUUGUAGCAACAUCACUGUAUCUUUUCUCAUGGGGCAAAAAACCUUUGUUUGUUUUUGAAAAAUUAUUUUAAUUAUGUUAAACACAGAAUUGCUGGUUUAUUAUUUAUUAUAUCUGUAUACCAAAGUGAAAACGGAGUGUAUAUAUAUACAUAUAUAUGUAUAGACUGAGUUGCCAGGUUUUGUCGGUAUACAGAUUUAGUAAUGAAAUAAAUUGGGACCUCUGUAUACAAGGUGAACUUUAAUGAUGUUCUCAACAGUUGUAAAUACCUGGUGUACAUUUAGGUUCAUACAUGUUUUAUAAACUUUCCUACAGAAGAAGCGCAAGACAUAGUGAUAGGCUGUUAAUAAUCUCACCUGAAGGAUCACAGGGCAUCAUGUCUAGUGGUGAUUAUUUCAUUAAAGAAUUAAAAUAUAAACUCCUGUGUAUUAUUUUUUCCCCUUUAAAAGUGUUUUUUUUUUUUUUUUUUAAACGGGUUCAAUUUAAUUUUUCUUACUACAUUUUAUUGAAAUACAUCUAUACUGAAUUGUU